UGCUGUCACUGACUGUUUACCUGUCAGACCGAGCACUACAGAGAGCUCCUGCAGGAGGUAGGAGUCAGGGCGAGGUCUGCUCCGUCACUCUGCCCGGGACAGGAGCUGGCUGUCGUUCAAGAAAAGCAAAAAGGUCAAAAUCCAUAUGCAGCAGCCCUGAUGGAACACCUUGUGUUUUAUUCCAUAUAUGCUUUGUAUUGUUCUGUGCAGCUUGUUGCUUUAACCGAGGAAAUAGAGGAAGCUGGGUAUUUUUUCCUGCGGACAUGGGAGAACUGUUAAGUGAGGCUCCAGCUCCGUCCCGUUUAAUGGCGUCUCUGUUGGCCAGCUCACCUUCCCAGGAAGACUUUGACGGACAGGUUAGUUGAGGAGCAGCAGGCACAGAUCCAGUGCCAGCAUGGCCGACGCUGCCAAACAAACCAGCCGCUGCCAGCCCUGGUCAGAUGAGGUGAAGAUGAGGCUGAGAUCCGAAGAAACAUGAUACUCUUGUUCCGUGACACCGGUUUGAUUCCCGCUUGUACGAUGGACUCCUGACCCCAGUUGGUGACAGACGGUGCUGCAGAUCUCUCAGGGAGACGAGUCCUGUGUCAUCUUCCUCGUGACAUCGUGCCAGGUGGCCCCUCACGACCUCGGUGUGCUGUCACCAUAACCCUGGUCUUGCCAACCAUCGUACAAGGCGCCUGGAAGUAUGUAGCAAGCAGCUGGCAUCGGCUCAUCUCACAAAACCAAUAAUAAGCCCCAGAAAAAGAAGGCAUUUCAAACUGAAGGGACAGCUAAGACUUUUGGACGUGCUCCUCGGACACAGAGCUCUGCCCAUUUGUCUGCAGGGGUGAUCCGGCUCGAGAUUAAUCGACCGCCGACUAAGCUGAACAGAAAAUACAGACGAAAUCAGACUAAAGUAGAUAUUUGCUUCAGAGCGAUGCCAGAAAUGAGAAGAGGGAUGUUCUCAGUGCUUUUCCUGGUCGUUAGUUUGACCUUACGCUGUGGCCUUGUCUGCCGGGGCGAAGCGUUGCCUCCAAAUGAAGGUGUCGGCACGGAAGAGGUGGAAGCGUCCAGGCCUCCUCACCUUAUCUUCAUCAUGGUGGACGACCAGGGUUACGCAGACAUCGGCUACCACGGCUCAGACAUCCACACGCCUGUGCUGGACCAGCUGGCUGCAGACGGGGUCAAACUGGAAAAUUAUUACGUCCAGCCGAUCUGCUCGCCAUCUCGCAGUCAACUAAUGACGGGACGCUACCAGAUUCACACCGGACUCCAGCAUUCAAUCAUUCGCCCACGUCAGCCUCUCUGCCUGCCCCCGGACGCUCCCACCCUCCCGGAGCGUCUGGUCGAGGCCGGAUACGCCACGCACAUGGUGGGUAAAUGGCACCUGGGCUUCUGCAGGUCAGGCUGCCUGCCCACGGGACGCGGGUUUCAGAGUUUCCUGGGCACGCUGACCGGCAGCGGAGACCACUUCUCUUACCGGAGCUGUGACGGGGCGGAGGCUUGUGGGUUCGACCUGCAUGACGGAGACCGGCCCGCCUGGGAGAUGACGGGCAACUACUCCACUCUGCUUUACACAGAGAGAGUGAAGCAGAUACUGAGGAGCCACGACCCGCAUAAACCCCUCUUCCUCUAUCUGUCCCUUCAGGCCCCCCAUACACCCUUACAGGUACCAGAUCAUUUUCUGCAUCAGUAUGAUUCCCAGGGCAAUCGGCUCAGGCGUCACUACGCAGCCAUGCUGAGCUGUCUGGAUGACGGGGUUGGACAAGUGGUUCAGCAACUGAAGACGAGUGGCCUCUAUGAAAACUCAGUAUUGAUCUACUCCUCUGAUAAUGGAGGGCAGCCGCUCUCUGGAGGGAGCAACUGGCCGCUGAGAGGAGGCAAAGGGACUUACUGGGAAGGCGGCAUCAGGGCAGUGGGCUUCGUCCAUAGUCCCCUCCUGAAGAGGAAGGGUGUGGUGAGCAGAGCGCUGAUGCACGUUUCUGACUGGUAUCCCACAUUACUGGGGCUGGCAGGGGCCCAGCACUCCCACCUUGACCUCGACGGUCACGACGUAUGGGGCAGUAUCAGCGAGGGCCUUCCCUCUCCUCGCACCGAAAUCCUCUUCAACAUUGACCCAGUCUCCAGGAAGCCCGGAGAGCCAUAUGACAAAGCACUGGUACUCAACGGGUUUGGGAUCUGGGACACGGCCGUGAGGGCUGCGAUAAGGGCUGGGGACUGGAAACUAUUGACAGGAAAUGUGGGCGACGGGGACUGGAUACCACCACAGGCUCUUCCCGUCGGUCCAGAGCGGUGGCAGAGGCUCGAGAAGCGGCGUAACAAGCUGGGGAAGUCAGUUUGGCUGUUUAACGUCUCCUCUGACCCCUACGAGAGGACGGACCUGGCAGAGGCUCGUCCAGAGGUGGUGAAACAUCUGAUGACCAGGUUGGCGGAGUACAACCAGACAGCUGUGACGGCCAUGAAUCCUCCUGAUGAUCCUAUGGCGGACCCCGAGCUCCAUGGAGGGGUAUGGGGCCCCUGGCUGGGCCUGGAGGGAGAGCGAGGGGACAGCGAGGAGGAGGAUGGCAGGAAAGAAAAGAUGAUGAAGAUUAAACACUGCAAGUUAUGCAAAUUAAAAGCCCUCUUCAAAAAGGUGGGAUCACGUCUACACAGGACCACCCUGUUCUAAAUAUCUAAUUAAUCGGACUGAGAGGUGUUGACGAGGCUGUAUUAAGUGUUAAGACCUGUUAUGAAUGACUGUACUCUCAAAGGUGGAGGGGUGAGAUGCAAUGUAUCAUUUAAAAUGGGGCUGAUGUGCACAAAGUGUGAAGAUGUCUUGUUAUGCACAUUAAAAGCGACAGAAGUAGUUAAAAAAAUACCUUCCUACUUCCUGAAUAUAAACUCACCUCUGGACUUAAAGCCGUGAAUGAAGUUCUUGUCGUAUUUUGAUAUUUGUGGGUCGGAGGUUUCAGACACGAGAGUGAAAGUAAAAAACGAGAUGGAGUCAAACUCAAAUACCGAAGAGCAGACAUCAAGGCAGGUCAGACAGACAUGAGCGACUCGUGAUCAGAAGCUGAAGGUCGGCAGAUAAACAGGCGAGCUGAUAGGCAGAGCAUUCAGAGGCGUGCGGCUCGCUGAGCAAGCUGACUCACUCACUGUCCUGCGGCCAAACGGCAGCAGGGUGACUUUGGGCUGUCGCUGGCCUGCAUAGGGAGCUGUGUGUGUGUGUGUCAUUGUGCAUGUAUGCCUAUGUGUUCAUGAAUAGUUUGAUUAAUACAAAUACAGAUAGAAUGCGUGCAAGUGGAAAUGAGGCCCGGAGAGAUGGUGAGAUGAAGAAAGGGACGGAGGACGACCUCGCUGUCUCUCCUGUCCCGAUCAGCCAGGAGGACCCUGAUGACACAGAGACACCCAGGGCGGUUGUUUUUGUCAAAUGUCACCUUGUGCUUCUUAGGGUUUACACACAUCCACUCCUCUGCCCACGACACACAAUGUCCAGUCCCUGCAGCAAACGCUCUGCAGCUGACACCAUCAUUCUUCCCUGGCCUUUUUAAAACGAUAUUUAACUCAUAUUCUGUGUCUUAAAAUCCUGAGAAUCUGAUGCAAAUGAUCUAGACAAAAUAAUACAUGUAAAAAAAACACUCCAUAGCAUCUGUUUUACAGUUCCACCAUUUUCUAUUUUCAAGAUGAUUCUCAGAAAUAUCUACUUAAUUUGGUACUUCUAUGUGAUUAAUUCAGAUUAAUUAUUGGUGUAGUACUUAUUUCAGGUCGUCUGAACAUGCAAAAAUGGGGAAUUUGCAACAGGCAAAUUAUUCAUAAAUGGUCAUUAAAAUGGACAAAAUGUUUCUUGUACGAAAAUGUCUAUAUUCCCUAGAGUAACUGGUGAACUACGGAGGAAAUGAUUCAGAAAUGACUGACCUUUAAAAUACACUACUCUAUCUAUAAUAACAAUGUAAGGAUACAAAGAUUUCCUGGAUGUGGUUACUGCCAUCUUGUGCUUUUAACGUAAUUAGGAGCCAGAGUGUGACCUACAUUGCAGCCAGCAUCCAUCGUUAUAUACAGACUGUGAUCUGCAUGCAUGCAUUAUGUAGAUGUGGAAAAAGCCCAAACAUGUUUUAAGACAAGAUUGGAUUUGCGAGCUUUGAUAUUUAAAACUGUUCGGGGGGGCGUAGUUGAGCCAUUUCCUCCAUGUCUGUGUGCAUGACCCAUAAAAUAUAUCACUUUCUUUACCAGAUCAGACGUGUGUGCAAAGUUUUCAAGCAUCUUCAAGCUCGUAAAUAAUGUGUGAAAGGAUGGAGAAAAAAUUUAAAACCCUUACAAACACAAUAAGGUGCUUUCACCUCUCGUUGCUCGGGCCCUAAUUACAGGUGUGUGACAGGAUGCACUCCUCCACCUCUCCACCCUCUACUCCUCCACAAACACACACUACAUCCUCAACAAUGAACACUGGCAAGGAACCUAAAC